GUAUGGGCCGACCCAAACCAAUCCUAAAGGCUAAAACGGGUUCACGUGGAUGCGGCGACGUUUUAUCGGAACGAACGCCUUAGACGGCGACAAAGCGCGCACCUUUCACUCAGAUAAAUGGCAAAGUUUCGCGGUCACUAUCUUAAUUAUUCUCCCUCCCAACCUAAAACUUACUCACUCUCUUUCUCUACCUCUCUCACGCACCCACCAUUAUCAAUUCCGAUUUGGCAGCCAACCGCCAACCGCCAAAUCUGUCUCAGCGCGAAGAAAUUAAUUAAUAAUGAGUUUAUUAUUGAAUUCCCUUUUUCUUUAAGUUAGGGUCUAGUUUAUGUUGAUGCAGGUUUCUGAGAGAAGUGACAGAUUCAUUCUUAGCUUUCUGUCUUUCCAAUGUGAUGGAGAAGUUGGAGGCUUGGAGCUUCGUAUAGAUUCUCAGAAACCUCUAAACGCAGCGUUGCAUUUUAUGCAGCCUUGUUGUGCUGCGACCGAGGGAGAUACUUCUUUCGGAUAUUGUUUGCCAAAUGUCAGAAGUUGAUAUGGCUGUAGUAAAACCUGAGAUGAUGAGAUCGUAUAUCUGGAUUCAAACCACGGAUGGUGCAGUUCAGCAAGUGGAACAAGAAGUUGCCAUGUUUUGCCCCAUGAUAUGUCAGGAAGUAAUACUAAAGGGAAUGGGGUCUUCUAAGAACUAUGCUAUAUCUCUACCACAAAGAGUUGGUACAUCCAUGUUUAGCCUAAUUCUUGAUUUCUGCAGGUUUCAUCAAGUACCUGGUCGCUCUAACAAGGAACGCAAGUCUUUUGAUGAGAAGUUUGUUCGAAUGGACACAAAGAGGCUUUGUGAGUUGACUUCUGCCGCUGAAAGCCUUCAGCUAAAGCCCUUGGUUGAUCUUACUAGCCGCGCACUUGCACGAAUCAUUGAAGGGAAAACCCCUGAGGAGAUACGUGAGAUAUUUCAUUUGCCUGAUGAUCUAACAGAGGAAGAGAAACUAGAGCCUUUGAAGAACACAACUGAUGAUCCACGGAUCCGACUUCUAAAUCGAUUGUAUGCGAAGAAGAGGAAAGAACUGAAAGAGAGAGAGAAACUAAAGAAUGUCGAGGCCGAAGAGGAGCAUGUGGAUGACCGCUCAGUUGAUGACCUCUUAUCAUUCAUCAACGGAGGAGAUGGAGAUUCCAAAGGGAUGAAAACUUCCAAGAAUAGAAAGAAACAACAAAAAAGAAAAGAUCGGCAAAAGUGUGCCCCUGAAAUGCAUAAAAAGGAGUCUAAUGUUUUUAGUUCGUUAUGCCAUAAUUCCAAGGAUGAUCAUGAAUUACAGUCCAGCCUCAGAGAGAAAUUAAAUUUACAAGAUGCGGCAGAUGUAAUUUUUUCUCCCACAGUGGAGUUUGAGGAUGUUGAUAUUGAUGGCGAGAUAGAUCCAGCUUUAAAAGAAGAAAUUGAUAGGGAGGUUGAAGAUUUUGCUCGAAUACUAAAUUCAGAUUGGCCUGAAAGGAUGCAGGAGCUUCUAUCUUUGGGUCAAGAGAGGAGACCGGCACAAUUAUCUAUUAAUGGCAAUGGCAAUUUGAAAAGAUAUGGAAGUAUGCCCUCUUUUCCCUGGUGGUUAUAAUAUUGCUCUUGCAUGUAAUGAUUUUCUUCUCUGCAAUAUCCUAGUCCCAUGUGUAUUGAUAGUUGCUUGCUUCAAUGCUAGAAUUUGGUUUCUUACUCUUCAUAUAAUUUGAUUUGUGGGAUUGGAGUUUCAAAUUUUCAAACAAUAGUAUUUUCCUAAACUGUAUUCCAUUUAAAUUUCCACUCCACCUUUUCAUUUAUGCUAUAUUCCUUGAGAAUCUUGUCGUUUUAGUCUGCAUAGCUAUAAAUUCUUGUCUUGACUUUGUUGUUUUGUCCAGUGACAAUUGUUAGGGUUGUAACAAUGUGACCUCAUAUAGCUUGUGAACGGAUAGAUAGGAUAAAGCAUGCCUGUUAAAAUGUUUACUUGCUGUUGAUUUAUUAAACAAUGCCAGCAUUAUUCCCCGAACCCUAAUCCAUCAGAGCCUCCAUGACCACCAUGCUCCUCGAAGACUCCUUAAAUGAUUUGUAUGGAUGGAGAGGACCAGAUCCUGGGCAACAAUGAAUUCUGCAGUAUGGAUUCUCCCUCAGGCUGCCAGUGGUUGGAACAGUUUUGACCAGAUGCUAAUGCAGGUGGCUUAUGGCAAGAAAAAGGAUUGUAGUGUGAAUUCAGAUGUAAGUUUUUUUCCCUGUAUCUUUUUAUUUCUUUUUCUCACAAGGGAAAAGUUGAAAAGAAUUGCUUGUGGUUUUUAUGAGUCAAUUUGUUUGUAGGGGCGCAACCUUUGUACUUUUAAAGGAAUAAAAAUGCAAAUGCCAUUCUAUGAGCCAUUUCUUCUCAA